CUAUUAUAAAAGCCUCUUUUUCACUUUUUUCUUCAUCCACCGCAACCUUUUAGACAGUGCCCGCCCUGCGACCUUUUUACACGCAGAGCGAGGCGAUUAGGUAUAGCGUAGACGAAAGCUGGUCGGGUAUAAGAGCUUGCUAGCCUGUUCAGUGGUGCCUAUACCUUCAGAAUAUCUUCAUUCCGAGGAGGACACCAUCUUUUUUCUCGUUCCUUCUUACACGAUCUCUCUCAUCAAUGCCACCGAAACGCGCUGGCACGUCGAAACGCAAGCCCGUCGCGGACAGCGACGACGACGACGCGACAAGCAUCAAAAAGGCCAGGGUUGAAACCCCUAUCGAAGGGGCGCAACCGACCAACAAGGUCCUGCCUGUGAAUAUCUCAUUUCCGCCACGAAAAGGGCUGAGGAUUACAGCAUGGAAUGUAUGUGGACUGGCAGCAAGUCAGAAGAAAGGCUUUAAAUUCUAUGUCGAAGCUGAGGAUCCUGAUGUUCUUGUGUUGACUGAAACCAAAGUCAACGACGAGUCGGCCGACCCCGCACUGAAAAGCCGGUUUCCUCAUUCCUACUGGUCAAUCUCUUCAAAAAAGACGUAUUCUGGGACAGCCGUUCUCUCAAAGCAAAAGGCCCUGUCUGUUGAUAAAAGCCUCCCAGGACAUCCCGACCCGGAGGGCAUCAAAGGACGCAUCAUCACCCUUGAGUUCGAGACCUGUUACCUCGUCGCGACUUAUGUUCCCAAUGCUGGCGCCGAACUCAAGACUCUUGGCGUUAAAAAGGAAUGGAACGUCCACUUCACGCGAUACAUCCGGGACCUGGACAAGAAAAAGCCUGUUAUCUGGACGGGAGACCUGAACGUCGCUCCGACGGAGAUAGACCUUUGCAACGCGAAAAAGAAUUGGAACAAAACUGCAGGGUACACUGAAACUGAAACAACAGCAUACAAAGAUAUCCUUUCGCCUCCGGAAGAUUCACCAGAUGCAGAACAUAAAUUCGUUGAUGUCUGGAGGAAACUACAUCCAGAAGAUAAGCAUUAUACCUAUUUCUCCUAUCGGUUCAACUGUAGAGCAAAAGGCAUCGGCUGGCGGUUGGAUAUGUUCGUCUUAAGCGAACGCAUGGUCGAUCGCGUCCAGAUGUGUGAAAUCCGAAGCGAGAUAUACGGCGCAUCCGACCACUGUCCUCUGACUUUGGAAAUAGACAGAGAACUUUGAUUUUUCGCUCGCAACAUGUCCAAUUCAUGCAUCCAUCCUUACAUACCAGUAUAAAGUUGUUUCUUUGGAAGAGACCACGAGAAAUGCGUGUUCCCAAGCUUCCUUCCGAGCGACGGGCUUCUGACAACAGUAAAGGUGCCAUAAAUUUGUUUAAUAUUCUCCAAAUCGUACAUGUCCGGUCUCUUCUGCAUGAGCCCGA